GGCCGGAGCGUCCCACGUCUGGCGCCAGCGGGGCCCUGCCUGCCGCUGCGCUGCCAUAGAGCGGAGCGCCCGCUCCCAUCAGCCCCCGCGCGGCCCCGCCUCCUUCCUUCCCAGGCCGAGGUGCCGCCACCGCCGCCGCCAUGGGUGUCGAUAUCCGACACAACAAGGACCGCAAAGUUCGCCGCACAGAGCCCAAGAGCCAGGACAUUUACCUGCGCCUGCUGGUCAAGCUGUACCGGUUCCUGGCCCGUCGCACCAACUCCCGCUUCAACAAGGUCGUCCUGAAACGCCUCUUCAUGAGCCGCACCAACCGCCCGCCGCUCGCCCUCUCCCGCAUGAUCCGCAAGAUGAAGCUCCCGGGGCGGGAUAACAAGACGGCCGUGGUGGUGGGAACCGUCACCGACGACAUCCGCAUCCACGACAUCCCCAAGCUGAAGGUCUGUGCUCUGCGGGUCACCAAAGGAGCCCGCAGUCGCAUCCUGAAGGCAGGGGGUCAGAUCAUGACCUUUGACCAGCUGGCCAUGGCAGCCCCCAAAGGACAGGGCACCGUGCUGCUCUCGGGGCCCAGGAAGGGACGGCAGGUGUACCGGCACUUCGGCAAGGCCCCCGGCACCCCCCACAGUCACACCAAGCCCUACGUGCGCUCCAAGGGGCGGAAGUUCGAGCGGGCCCGGGGCCGCCGCGCCAGCCGGGGCUACAAGAACUAACGGCGCCGGCCUGCGCCUGCCUGUGUCCAAUAAAUGGGUCAGAACCGGG